CCCAAACCCCACUCAAAAAUCAGUCUCAAUUAUGGAAGACAAAAACCAAGAAUUAUUCCACAAACCCUCAAUUCAACCUGUAAUGGAAACUUCCUUAUAUACAAUCCAAGAAGAAGUCACCACCUCCAAGUCUCUAAGUCCCUUGUCUUUAAUCUUAACCAGAGUCUAUGCAGGCUACUUUCGCAUAACCCUCUCCAUUUCAUCCCAAGCUAUCUUGUGGAAGAUCCUAAGCAACCAAGCGAAUAGCUCACAAGGCCUCCAUCACAUAUUCCACAAGCUUCCUACACUAUCUUUCCAUCUCCUUUGGUGCUUAGCCUUCUCAACACAAGUCUUCCUCUCUCUUCUCUACGCACUCAAGUGCUUUCUUCACUUCAAUAUGGUCAAGCAAGAGUUCAAGCACCAUGUUGGAGUGAACUACCUAUUUGCCCCUUGGGUCUCUUGGCUUCUCUUGCUUCAAUCAUCUCCAUGGGUUUCACCAAAUGGUACGCUGUAUACGUUGCUCUGGUGGGCCUUUGCGGCUCCUUUGAUAGCUCUUGAUGUGAAGAUUUAUGGGCAAUGGUUCACAACGGAGAAGCGGUUCUUAUCGACGUUCGCAAGCACAGCGAGCUAUAUGACCGUCUUGGGGAACCUUGUGGGCGCGAGGGCAGCAGCGCUGAUGGGGUGGAAGGAGAGUGCUCUAUGCAUGUUUUCACUGGGGAUGAUUCACUAUUUGGUGAUCUUCGUGACCCUCUACCAGAGAUUAUCCAGUGAAGACAAUUCCUCGCCAAACCUCCGGCCAAGUCUCUUCUUGUUCUUCGCCGUGCCGAGCAUGGCAAGUUCCGCCUGGAACUCCAUCUCAGGAAGUUUUGACACACCCUCCAAGAUGCUGUUCUACUUGUCUCUCUUCAUAUUCGCAUGUCUGGCCUGCCGACCUUUGCUGUUCGAGAAAUGCAUGAAGCGAUUCAACGUUACAUGGUGGGCUUACUCUUUCUCUCUCACCUUCCUCGCCGUGUCUUCUGCUGAAUAUGCCCACGACAUGAAGGGCAUCGGAAGAAAAGGAGUCAUGCUUGCAUUAUCGGCCUUGUCGGUCGUGGUUUUCCUCUGUCUAUUGGUCUUCACUGCGGCCAAACUCGACCAGCUUCUGUGGGAUGAAGAACAAGAUGAUGAACCCUGUCUAGGGUUUUUCUAGCGACUCCGAGAGUUCUUGAUGUAAAAGUGAUUUAUCUGAGGGAUGGUUAAUGUGAAUUUGUAGAUCCAGAAACCUGGGUAGAUUCGUAUAAUCUGCGAUGAUGUGUCUGUCAUUGUUGUAUGUCCCAGGCCAGAGCUUGGUAAUAGUGGGUAAAUUUUAAAUUUGAUCAUGCAAAAGCGAACUUAUAUUUUUUUUCGAAUUGUG